CGACUUCAGUUCGAUAUAUCGUGUCGAGGGCAGUGGUACUGUUUUGUUUUGGUUAGCGGUGCACAACGUUUGUGUUUGUGACAUUUUCUAGUUUAUUCAGCUUCAGGGGUUUUGUUAUCACUAGCCGCAAAGCAAGAAUUGGCGUCAAAUCCGAGGAGAACGAAAUGUCAUCGCGACACCUGAGUCAGAUCGCUGAUUAUCGUCUCUGAUGGUGUCAUAACCUCUGAAUUGAUACGGAUAUUUUGAGAAAGACGACGUUCUGAAAUCAUGGAUCCUCCGAAGAACGUUCCCCUUUCUUCUAUCCUGAAAAGCAAAGAAGAGGCCGUGGAAGAUGACGAGCCCAAAAAGAAGUCCAGGGAGGACUGGAGGAAGGCCAAGGAGCUGGAGGAGAUGCGAAAGGCUGGAACAGCACCAGCUGCCGUCGACGAAGAAGGACGUGACAUCAACCCUCACAUUCCGCAAUACAUUUCCGCAGCUCCCUGGUACUACGGCUCUUCUGGUCCCACUUUAAAACAUCAACGGCCUCAACCAGAGAAGCAACAAGAAUUUUCAAAUCUUCACGAGUGGUAUAAAAAGGGUGUUGAUCAGACGAAGGUAGUCACCAAAUAUAGAAAAGGCGCUUGUGUUAACUGUGGAGCAGUCACUCACAAAGCAAAGGACUGUAUGGAGAGACCUCGUAAAGUUGGUGCAAAAUACACUGGGGCCAAAAUCGGCUUCGAUGAACAUGAGCAGCCCAACCUUUCCCUUGAUUUUGAUGGGAAACGUGACAGAUGGGCAGGUUAUGACCCUUCAGAACACAGAGCCAUUGUUGAAGAAUAUCAAAAAAUCGAAGAGGCUAAAAGAGAGAUGAGAGCUCAGAAGCUGAGCGAUGAAAAAGAGGGUGACUCAAAAGAGCCUGACGACUUGGAUGAUGAUGAUGAAGAUGAGGAUAAAUAUGUGGAUGCAGUUGACAUGCCUGGUACAAAGGUAGACAGCAAACAGAGAAUUACUGUCCGUAAUUUACGUAUUCGAGAAGAUACGGCUAAAUACCUUAGAAACCUGGAUCCUAAUUCUGCAUAUUAUGAUCCCAAAACAAGAUCUAUGAGGGAUAACCCUAAUGCCGGCACUUCCAAAGAGGAGGAUGAUGAGUACAAAGGUGAAAAUUUUGUGAGAUUCACUGGAGAUACAGGAAAACAUGGGGAGGCACAACUGUUUGCUUGGGAAGCAUAUGAACGAGGUGUUGAUGUGCAUCUUUUGGCGGAACCAACCAAACUUGAAAUGUUGGAACGAGAAUAUCAGCAACAUAAGGAAGGCUUUAAAGGGAAAGUGAAGAGUGAUGUACUCCAACGGUAUGGAGGAGAAGAACACCUUGACGCUCCACCUAAAGCUCUUCUCUUAGCACAAACUGAAAAUUAUGUUGAGUAUUCUCGUACAGGAAAAAUUCUCAAGGGUGCAGAAAAGCCAAUUGUCCGUUCAAAAUAUGAAGAGGAUGUGUUCCCCAACAAUCACACAUCUGUUUGGGGUUCCUUUUGGAAAGAUGGCCAAUGGGGAUACAAAUGUUGUAAUUCUUUCAUCAAGAAUUCCUAUUGUGUUGGCGAUGUGGGUCGUAUGGGGAAGGUUGAAGUACUUCAGGCUCAGCCAGAAACCAGUCAUGUAGAAACACAGGAGAGUGAUAAACAGAACGAAGAAAAGAGUAAAGAAGAAAGCAGCAGUAGUAGCAGUAGCAGUUCUGAUUCAUCAUCAGAAAAUGACUCUGAAGCUGAGAAGAAAGAAGCUAGGAAGAAAAAGAAACGUAACAAGAAGAAGAAGCGAAAGGAAAAGAAGAGAAAAUCUAGAGCAGAUAAGAAGGAUCAGAAGGAGGAGUCUGAAGAAGACAAGUUAAAAGCGGCUCUGAAGCGAGAAGAAGAACAGCAAAGGGAGGCAGAGCGUCUCUUGGCGCUGGAUGAAAGGAAGAGACCAUACAACAGCAUGUAUGAGGUGAAGAAAAUAUCAGACGAAGACAUGGAAGCGUAUUUAAUGAAAAAGAGAAGAGAGGAAGAUCCCAUGGCACAAUUCCUCUCAUAGUUUUAUUGUUAGUUAUUUCAAUACCCCUUUCCUCCUUUUUGUUUUUGAAUAAAAUACAACCAUCAAGAUGAAUCGAAAGUCCUUGGAAUCAAUUAUGUGUCUGCUUUUGUAAAUAAAGGAAAACAUGACUGUCGACUUUUGCGCAAUAAAUUGUCAAACUGUG